AUCGCCAAGGGGACGACACGUAAACCCCUCCCCGUAGCGUCAAUCACUAUAGAGUCCCAAGCCAACUUUAAAAAAUCUGCCGGCGCCGCGUCGAGUUACCUAGGCAACGCACCAGCAGCGUUGUCUCUGUUACCAUGGAAACUUGCAAGGCUGUCCGCACGGCGCAGCAGAGAAGUUGGGAAGUUGCAAAGUUGCGGCUCAGAAGAAGUUAGUAGUGAGAGAGAGCGGACAGUACCAGGACCACCAUGAGCAGCGAGGAAGGAUCACCAAUGAAACUGGAAACUGUUAUCCAGCACCUGGAAGAUGUGGUUCUGAAUCCAGGGAGUUCGGGUGAGGACAGGGCAUUAAGUGUACGCAGUGGAGAGGGUGAGAGGGAUGCACUUACUCCCGUGCCUGCACGUAUCAGAGAAAUCGUCACACAGAACCUGAGCGAGGAUUCCGCAUACAGGUUCGCAGAAUCACAUCCAAAUGUCAGUUUGCAAGAGGAAAACAGGUCUCUGCAAGAUGAGUUGUUACGAAUGGAAGACCUUCUCUCUUUAACACGGUCUGAACGUGAAGACCUCGCCAUUAGAAACCAGACGUUGAGUGAGAAGUUGGAGCAGUAUCAGAGCCACCGUUCAGAAGAAACAGAAGCAGUGUUAGAGUUGCGGCAGCGCUUCCAUGAGGAGGAGAUGGCAUAUAAACGCAAACUGUCAGCCUAUCAGGAGGGGCAGCAGAGGCAAGCUCAGCUGGUACAGAGAUUACAAGACAAGGUUUUACAGUAUAAAAGGAGGUGUAGAGAACUGGAGCAGCAGCUUUUGGAGAAAACUUCAGAGAGCGAGCAGCAAAGAUUGGCACUCCAAGCACGGUUGGAUUCUGCAGAAUCAAAGCUGAACAGGAUGGAUCAGAAUCACAGCUUAGAACUAAAGAAUGCUCUUACUCGACUUGAGGAGGAACAGCAAAGGAGCAGCAGCCUGGCCCAGGUGAAUUUUACCUUGCGGGAGCAGAUGGAGCAGCUGAAGACAAACAAUGACAAACUAACUGAGGAGAUAAAGCGCCUGACCUCUGACUUGCACAGAUCACACGAGAACCUAGAUCAGCAAGAAGCAGAGUGGCGGAAAGAGCGACAGAAUUAUACAUCCUACUUGAGCAAUGAGCACAGUGGUAUCCUGACACUGUGGCGCAAGGCAGCAGCUCUUCGCAGUCAAUUCCUUGAUAUGCGUGCAAUAACUGAGAGGGGUCUUGCUGAAAUGAAGACAGAUAUUUCCCGAAGCUCCCGCAGAAUGCACACAGCCUGUCUCAACCUUGACUCCAAUUUGCGAUUGUCCCAGAGUGCUGCAGGGGCAUCUCUGCACACCGCUCGCCUUGAGCAGCAGCUCCGGGAUAAAGUGCGGCAAAUGAUGCAACUACAGAGUCAGUGGGAUGCAGAGAAAGUAGAGCUGAAUUCCAGGGUCUCGGAACUGUCUUUGCAGACUGAAAAACUCAUAAGAGAAAACAGUAAAAAAGAAAAGGAGAAGCAAAUUCUAGAGAACAGUGGGUGCGAUACUUUGCAAGAGCUGGAAGGUGUCAGGGAAGAGUGUGACUCACUGCAGCAAGUACUGAGCAACAUCACUCAGAUGUGUCAAACUGAUGGGAGCCCAGAUCCAACAUGUGUUGAGAACACAGAAAUAUCUACUACAGAUGAAAUGAGACCGUCUGUCAACCCCUUCUAUGUUUUCAGCUCUUCCCCAAUUCGCCGAAGGUCUCCCACACGUAUGCGCUCCCCUCAGCGCUCAGAGCUGGCACUGAAGGCAGUUCAGAAUGUUCUGCAGCGAUACCAAGACAGAGAAAAGGAGCUACACUCUGAGCUUGCAGCAGCACGGGAUUCACUGGAGCAAACUAGGAAGCAGCAGGAGGAGAAUCAGCAGAUAUCAGAGGCAUACACUGAGGAACUGAAAAAGGAGAACAAGGAGAUUAAUACCAUGCUGGAAAGUGUAAAACAAGAAUUGCAGAAAUGCCAAAACAGCAUAGAAGAGCUGAACAGGGAGAAGGAGGAUAUGGAAGAAUCCUUGCACACAAUUAAGCAGAAAGCCGAGGGUUCUCUGCUGGAAACUGAAAGACUGAAGGCCGUCAAUGGAGAGUUACUCCGACAGAGGGAGACCUUGGAAGAGCAGAAGGAGGAACUGAAUAGGGAGAGAGAUCGCAAUCAAAAGGAACUAGAGAGAGGGCAGAGGAUCCAAGAGCAACUGGAAGAGAAGGUUUCCAUCCUAAAGAAAGACUUAGUGACUGUCAGGGAGAAUCUGAGUCAGACAGUGCUAGAAAGAGAUGUUCUAGAAGGGGAGAAGGAAGCUGUGGCCAGUGCUCUGAGCAAGGCGGAAUCAGGCAGAGCUGAGCUGGAACUGGCACUUAAUCAGAUGCACAGCGAGAGAGCAACACUAACAGACUCUCUGGCUAAAAUGGGUGCUCUUAAUGAAGGCUUGGCACAGGACAAGGUGGCCCUGAACCGUGUUAUUUUGCAGUUGGAAGGAGAGCGUUCAGCUCUGCAUGAAGAUCGCCGUGCUGGUGAGGCAAGCUGUGCUGCUUUGAAAGAGCAGCGGGAAGCUCUGGAACUUGAAGUCUCCCAGUUACAGUCUAACAGAGUGGGCCUGGAGAGAAGGUGCAAAGAGACAGAGGAAAAGCACAAACAGCAGGAGGAGCAGCUUCAUGGUGUACACAAGGAAAGACGCAAACUACAGGACCAAUUAGCACAGGCAAAUGCACUGGUGCAAACUCUGCAGGAUCAGCUGAAGGAGAGCCGCAGGGAGAUGGACUUACAAGCAACAGCUCUGCAACUUGCAGCCCAGCGCAUGGAGGAACUCACCAGGCAGAAUGCUGAGCUUGGCGUGCAGCUUGCAGCACUGGAGGCUGAGAGGCAAGAACAUGAAGAAGAAUUUGCCCAGCUUCGAGCACAGAAGGAAACACUAGAAAGCACUCUGUAUGAGACCCAGCGUCGUGCUGCCCAGCUUGAGGAUCGCAGAGAGCAAUUGGAAGGAGAGAUUCAUACCCUGACACUUGCCAAGCAGAGUCUUCAAGUGGAGGUCCAGCGUCAGGCAUUGGAAGCAGAAGAAGCUCUGGCUGAACUUAGACAGCAGAAAGUCACAGUGGAGCUACAAUUGGCCCAGACUGAACAAGCAGCACAGCUCUCCCUCAGCAAUCAGAGCCAGCAACAUCAGGACACAGUAGAACGGCUCAAGAGGGAGAAGGAGUCGCUGCGCUUGACAAUGAUUGCGGAUAAGCAGGAUGCAGUUCAGCGGUUUGAGAAAGAGAAAGAAGAUCUGCUCUUUGACUGUGAGGAUGUGAAGCAGAAGCUUAGUGCAGAGAUGUUGCGCCUGCAGGAGGAGAGAGAAGAAAGCCUGCUAAAGGUGGAAAGUGACAAGCAGAAAGCCUUACUCCUUAUGGAGACUGAGAAGAAUUCACUGAGUGAGAAGCUGAUGAACACUCAAAGGGAGCUCUCUGACACCAAAAUGGAGAUGGAACGUUUUAGACGGGAAGCUCAGAUUAAGCAGGAACAGGGCAAGACUUUGUUAGAUAAUGUCUCCUCUGAGCUAAAGGCUCUGCAGUCUGAUUUUGAAGAUGCCGUUACUGCUCACUCAAAGGAGAAUAAGAACCUCCGUCACAGAAUGAAACAGCUGAGCCACGACAGAGAAAGUCUGAAUAAAGAGGUGGAAGAGUUGAGAACCCAGUUACGCUUGGCAGAAGAUUCUCGGGAUACUUUGCGCAGAGACAUAAUUGAAGUGCAGCGCCUUCUUCGUGAGAAAGAAGAGAUAUGUGAAUCACAAAGGAAAGAGACUCUCGAGUUACGCAGAGAUCUAGGUGACCUUACACGUGAGAGAGAAACUUUGCAGAAGUCCAACACUGAGCUGAGAGCCUGCAUUAAAAAAAUAGAGUCGGAGAAGAGCAGCCUGCAGGUAGCCAUGGAGGAGAAACAACAGCGCAUGUCAGUGCUGCAGGAGGGGAAGUCCUGUGCAGAGCGAGAAGCUGCACACUUCAGAGCUACUCUCCGAGAUGUGGAGCGUUCACACAUUGAGGCCCGCAGACAGCUGCAGGAACUGCGCAGACAGGUGAAGACACUGGGUGGAGAAAGCAGCCAGAAGGAGCAGGAGGUAGCAGAACUGCAGGCCCGGAUACAGCAGGAGGAGCAGAAAGAGCAGCAAAGCCGUAGAGAGUCACUAGAGCUGAGACAGCGCAUAACAGAGAGUGAAUCUGAGAGAGAGGCUGCUCGCAGAGAGAUCUUGACCCUGCAGCAGCAUUUGUCUGCAUUAGAGUCAUCAUCUUGUCAACAUGAGAAGGAGCUGGAGCAGCGUUUGAGUGAGAGCCGUGCUGGCGAGCAGCGCUUGCAGGAGGCCUGUAAAUCCCUGCAGGAACAGCUUCAACGAUGUGCUAGUGAGUCUGGAGAUUUACGUCUUCAGCUAGGUGCUUUUGAGGCUAGAGUGCGAGCUCUUGAGGCAGAAUUGAGUAAAUCACAGGCAUCUCGCAGAGAGGCAGAGAGCCAUGUCAACAGCCUGUAUUCAGCACUCAGACGUACUAUUGGUGUUAGAGGACGCAGCCCUUCCCCACGAAGAACGGUCUAUCCCACUAAAGGUCUCGAUUCCUCUCAAAAUUCAUCAAUGGAGGGCCGAGUGACUCCAUCCUCUCGGGGAGUAUCUCCUGAUCGCAGCCGUUCUCCAUACCCAGAACUUGAGCCUGAGGUUGUGAAACAAGCACUGAAAGACUUUAUGCAGGAACUAAGAGACACUCAGAGAGAGAGGGAUGAGGCUGGUAUCCAGGUACUGUCUCUCCGCAGACAGCUAGAAGACAGCAUAAAUACAUGUGAGAGACUGCAGAGCCAACAGCAGAAGUUACAGAGACAGCUUGCUGACCUCCAAGAAGGGCAGCGUGGAACAGAGGAGCGUUUGGGCACUGCACACACAGAGAUGCGUCUGUUGCAAGAUAAUCUGCGCCAUGUUGAGGCAGAGCGACAAGCAUCUGGUGAGCGGAUAACCGAGUUGGAGCACACUUUGCGAAUAUGUGAGGAUGAAAAGCGAGAUUUACAGGAUCGUUUGUGUCGAGCUCGAAAUGCUGAGAAUCGCCAGGAGUUGGAAUGCAAGGGACUAAGAGAAGUGCUAGAGGCCUCAGAGAACCGUGGAACAGAGCUGGAGCUGCGGAAGCGAUCCCUAGAGGGGGAGCUAGAACGCACAAGGAUGAGUCUGGCAGAGAGAGAGGCAGAAGUUCAUACUCUACAGGAAAGAGCUUAUCACCUGCAGGAGCAACUAAAAGACAGUGAGGAUAGAGAGGCCUCCCUGCAAACUGAGGUACAGAGGAUGAAUUUGGCAUUUUCCAAGGCACAGGAUGGGGAAAGGCAACUACUGGAAAAGUCACAAGGCCUGACACAGGCUCUGGGGGAAGCUACAGCUGGCAGAGGUAACCUACAAGAGGAUGUGAGCAGGUUACAGGGAGCACUGACUGCUGCUGAACAAGAUAGGAGAGUACUUCAGGAGCGUCUGGAUUCUGUGAGGCAGGGAUUGAGUGAGAGCAAGAGGCACAACCUGCGUCUCUCACAGACCAUUCAGGAGCAGCAGCAGCAGCUGGAAGAGAUGCACCUGACUUGCAGAGAGCUGAAGGCACAAUUACAGGAUUUGCAGCAGACCCUGUUGAAACAGCAACAGAGAGAAGAGGAGCAGGGAGCAGCACUGCUAGAGCUGCAAGAGAAGCUGAAGGUCCUGCAAGGAGACAAGUCACAGGUUGAGCUUGACAGGCAAGAGAUCCAACACUCUGCUGUUCUUUUGGAGAAAGGGAACAACACACUGAGAGCCACUCUAGACAAGGUGAAACGCGAGCAGCUGCGAAUAGGGGAGGAAGCACAACGACUCAACGUAGAGAAAGAACAACUUAGCCACUCAGUGAUUUCCUUACGAAAGGACCUUGCUGAAGCACAGAGGCAGAACCAAUAUUUUCAGGAGCAAAUGACAGAAAUAGAGCGUAGCCACACUCAGCGAUUAAUGGAAGUCAGUUUGCGACACCGUCAGGAGCUGGACUCUGAAAGCAACAGACUGCACAAUAUUCAGCAGCAGGCGGAGAGUACUCUGGAGUCCCACGAGAGAUUGCACAGGCAAAGAGUGAGAGGUCUGGAGGAGCAGGUAAACAGUCUACAGGAGCAGCUGGAGCAGGAAGUGAGGCGUAGAACAGCAUUACGGACUUCUCACUGAUUUAUCACUCACGCAGCUUGCAGGAGAGACAGAGGUGCAUCCUAUAGGCAUGAACUAUCCAGCAGGAGACCUGCAUUUUUAAACCACAGCUUUGUUUCAAAAAGGGUUAUGCCAAAUGAUUUCUGUUAAUACAGAUGACAGACUACAGCAUAUUCAGAUUUACUGUAAAUCUCUAUUGUAGGGCAGCUCAGCUCAUCGAUAUGGGUAUAUUUGGGUAAUAUAAAGAACUAUGAAGACAAUCAGGAUGUUAUCACUGUGAGACUCCAAAAACAUACUGUGAACAAUCCAAGGGAGGGGCAAUGGUACCCUACCAACACUAUCUACUACAAUAGCUACAAACUCCACUUAUGGGAAUUAUUCACACUAUAUACUAAAGCUACCAUUACAGGGCCACUGGCACCAAUACUACCUAUAGUAGCCAAAUACUCCAUUCAGGGUCGGACUGGGGGGCCUGGGGCCCACCUGAGAUUCUGCCUCAGGGCCCCCCGGGCUCUGAGGGCUGCUGCCUCACGUCCUGCAACCCCCCCUCGCGUGUGCGCACUCGGGCACUGUUGGUCGCUGCAAAAAACUGUGCUGCCGCGCAUGCAGGAGUGCACACUUGCACACACGUGCGUUGGCGCAGAUGCCGGAAGGGGGGCCCUGAGGCAGUAGCCGGAAGGGGGGCCCUGAGGCAGUAGCCGGAAGGGGGGCCCUGAGGCAGUAGCCCUCAGGGUCUGAAGGGGGGCCCCGGGUAGAAAUCCAGGUGGCGGAUCCGACCCUGACUCCAUUUAUGGGAAUCGUUCACACUAUUAACUAAAGCUACCAUUACAGGGACAAUGGUACCAAUACUACCUAUAGUAGCUAAAUACUCCAUCUAUGGGAAUUAUUCACUACACACUAAAGCUACCAUUACAGGGGCAAUGGCACCAAUACUACCUAGAGUAACUAAAUACUCCCAUUUAUGGGAAUUAGUCACACUAUAAACUAAAGCUACCAUUACAGGGGCAAUGGCACCAAUACUAGCUAAAUACACCAUUUAUGGGAAUUAUUCACUAUAAACUAAAGCUACCAUUACAGGGGCAAUGACAACAAUACUACCUACAGGAGCCCCAUUUAUGGCAAUUAUCCACUAUACUCUAAAGCUGUGAAUGUUAUUUUGAGCAAUUUAGUGGAUUCCUAUUGUGUUUUUGGCAGACUGUUAUAACUUCAUGGCACCCAUUUUAGGUGUCACAUUUUUAGAUUUUUUUUGUGCAUUAAUAUCAGUUGUGCAUUUGCUUCCGAUAUUCUAAUAGCCAUGGUGGGUGCCAUUCAGGUUCUAUAGGGCUGUAAGGUCCAUAUUUAAUAAGCGAUAAUAAAAAGAUUUUAUAGUACAAUGGGUUUACAGGUACGAGAUAUCUUAUUGAAAAACUUGAUGUUCAGAAAGUUUUGACUAAUGGGACAGCAACACCUACAGAGUCUAUUUUAAGUAAAUAAUUCUUAUUUUUUAACUAUUUCUGGAGGUAUGGAUGAAAAUGUUCCUUAUAGUGUUAAUAAUUUACGCCUCUCUACACCCCUCUGAUUAAAGCCUUUCUUGUUCAGAAACAAGGCAAUUGCUGAAAUAAAUAAAUCCCAUUAACAAACAAGACAACUGCUGUAGCCAAUUCCUGUACAAAUGGAUUGUGGGGGGCAUAUUGAACAUUUUGUUCCCCACCGAUUAUUUAUAACUGUGGGGAUAGGAUGUCCAUAAUUGCAUUGGGUUCAAUUGCCCUUAAAGAUGUUCCUCACUAUAUGUACAAGAGUAUAUGCAAAAUAACCUCAAUUUCUGCAUUAAAUCUCAGAGAUAGAAAUUACAUUCUAUGUAUUUUUGAUACAAGAAAGACAAUUUAUAAGUAUUAUAAGUCUAUGAGUUUUUAAAUAGGUGCUUCCUUUUCAGGCAAAAAGCCCCAAAACUCAGGUGAUUUUAUUUUUAAAAGACUGACAGCAUGGGAAAAACGAUGUUAAAAUGUGGUGAGAUUUAGCAGUUUAUGUUUUCAUUAUUCCAUUAUAGAAGCUUUUGAGUUGGGGAAUUUUACUGCAUUUCUGCAGGAAAGGUCUGACUAUAGUAUAUGUUCAUUAAGGCUACUUAUAUUUAUGGGGGCAGGAAAGAUACAUUAUAAAUACUUAAAACUAGUGUUUAAUCAUUUGUGGCUGUGAUCAUUUAUAAUAUGAAAUAUGUUUUUUUAUGUUCUCUUCUACUUUUGUUUGUUUAUUUUCCUGGAAGGGGAGUUUAUACUAUACUGCAUUUCAUUGUUGUAUAUUUCUCUAUAAUUCUCUUUUUAAAUA